GCGGAAUGCCUCUAACAAGUGGUCCGGAGAGGGUCCGUCACCCGCUCUACUUAGCCACCAAAGGUGUGUGGCAUAGGUAAUUAUAAUGAGGCCGAGAAUCGUCGCUGGUUGCGGUUGUGGCAGCGUUGCCAUCUCCGUUGCGGGUUGCCGAGGUGAUCGACGAAGGCGCGAACCUCAUACCCUUUCCACCCCGUAUCCGCCGCCGCUCAUAUACUUUCUCCUUUCCCACCAUUAUCUAUUUUCCGCAAAGCGAACAACCUAUAUACCCCUUGCAUAAUUCUUUCAGCCCCCUCGCUCUUUCGCAUUCCUCUUUCGUUCCUAUCUGUCGAGCGAACAGUUGGUAGCCGACUGUGUCGAGCUCUGCCCAUCCCACUCCGUUCCUACCGCUGGUCGCCCGCCGCUGGACGGUUUUCCGAGAACUUCACCUCAUCACAACAUAUAACAACACCACGAGCACACAUCUGCAAACUCUCAAGUCGCUCAUUCGCGCAUAAUUUCGUUACUUCAAUCGCCAGCUAGUUGCUGCGUUCUCCAAGUCGGUCGUUACUAGGCAAGAACUGAAGAGGAUGUCAUUGAGUUUGAAGCAAGAGCUGGAGACCUGGGCUGGCGCGCUCAAAGCAUACGACGAAGAGGAUUUCGAGAGCGCACUGCAAAAGUUCGAAAUCAUAUCCGAGUCUUCCAAGAUCCAAGUGAACAUCGGUCUCAUCUUCGCAACCGUUGGUAGCCACGAGCAGGCCGUCGACCAUUUUCGCCUCGCCACAGGUUAUGAUCAGUUCUUGAGCGUCGCCUACUUCCAGUGCGGCGUGUCCAAUUUUCUCCUAAACAAAUAUGAAGAAGCAUACAAAGACUUUGAAGACUCGGUCCUCUAUUUGAGGGGUAACCAAGCCAUAAUGUACGAGCAGCUGGGGCUCAAGUUUACAUUGUGCUCCUGCGAGGUACUGUUCAAUAAGGGUCUUUGCCUUGUCUACCUCGGGCAGGUCGACCAGGGUAUCGCCAUUAUGCGCCAGGCGAGCCUAGAGAAGACGACCACCGAGCACUCUGUAAUUGACGAGGCAAUAGCUGCACGAGGGAUUGACUAUACUGUAUUCUCCAUUCCCAUUGGUGUCUUGUACCGCCCGUCUGAGAUCAAGCUCAAGAAUUCCAAAGCCAAAGAUUACAUGGGCAAAGCCAAGCUCGUUGCCGCCGCAGAUUCGCGUGAUGCGUAUGUCUCUUUCGUCGGAUCCACCCGCCUCGCGCAAGGGAUGAGCCCGACGGGUGCGCCGCUGCCGGAGGACGUUGCUCUUGCGAGGAGCAGGACGAUGAAUGCUCGCAUGCGUGACGGGAGUCCAGAGAGAGAUGAUGCUCAACCUGCCAGGCGGAGCGAUGAGGGCCCGCGCCCCUCUCUAGCUGACAAGAGCCUGCCUGGUGUUCCCCCUGUUACCCGCGGCCUCACCGUUCGUCGUGAGGGUGUUGGCGGACCUGGUGGACCUGGCGGUCUCCCCCGCGCGGGUCCCAUGAAGGUCGGUGCCCCCGGGGCGCCUAAGAUUGAUACCAGUUCGGUGUCAUCCAAUGCCACCGCUCGCAUGCCGGAGAGGGAAGGAGAGGAGUCCCGUUUCCCUACCCCAAAGCUCGGCACGCCGAUCCGCGGUCCCGGUCUGGAAGAGCUUGUUUUCUCUGGGAACAACAAUGGUCCCCGCAACGAGCUUGGAUUGGACAUCAGCGGAACCCAGCGCAGGAGGAGCAACGAGGACACCAUGGGACCACCCCGUCUUCCAUACGACUCCCGCAAUACGACGGCGAUGACCAACUUCGACGAUUUCCUCGACUCGUAUGCUGAGCCUAUCAACUCUGGCCAGGCCAGCGCUAAUAAGAAGCUUGCUCAAUGGGCACGAGGUGUCCCUGAGGGUGCUGCUCCACCAUUGGCCCAGUCGCCGUCCAGCCCUCGCAUGGAUGGUGUUCCGGGUCUUUCGUUCUCCGCCAGUAGCACCGAGAGUGGUGUCGUGCGCGCACCCACUACAAUCAAACGCAAGAUCACGCGUCGUGCUACCACUAAGGGCGACCGGUAUGUACCUGUGACGCUCGAGGACGACGAGCUCAGCGACCUCGAUUUCGAAGAGGUGUUCGAACUUGUCAAGGUGCGCGUCAAGCUCCACUACAGGAACGAGGUUCGCGGGAUGGCCAUCUCGCCUACCAUGGGCUUUGACGAGUUUGUUGAUCGUGUCACGCGCAAGUUUCAGAAGUCGUUCGAUCGCCUUGAGAUGAAAUUCAAGGACGAGGACGGCGUCCAAAUCAGCUUGAAAGACGAGAGCGAUUUCGACCUCGCUAUCGAGACGGCCCGAGAGACUGCUAAAGGCAGGCCAGAAGGAAAGCUGCAGGUCUGGCUCGCCGACAUAUAAUUGCAGUAUCCUGAGUGGACAAUGCUGGGUUGGACUUGAUUUUCGUGUCCUGUUGUGUUGUAUACACUUUCCCAAUCUUUCCACAUCACGCGUAGUGUUGAGCAUUAUGCUUAUAUUCUUCUUUCAGGCAAGGGUCGUUUGCGAAUGGGUAACUCCGCACACAGUUCAGUUGUACAGCAAAACACGGUAGAUAGCUAAGGUUUCAAUGGCAUGUGCAAUCUCUCGUU